AUGGGCAACAACCCUUCCAAAGGCCCGGUGAGCGAUGCGCCGCCGGCUCACGCUCACCACAGCUCUGCAGGCGACCGCAAAGUCGCCCGUCGGUCCUCCCAUAAUGCGAUUUCGGCUCCGAAGGCCGUCGCGGCCGACCCCUCCGCCACGAAGGAGACAGCCGCCGGACAGUCGGCAGCAUACGAAAGAUCCGUGCAUCAGCGCCUACAGUCACGCAAUGUCCCCGAAUCCACGCCCAAAAAUAUAGAGAAGCCUCAGCAACAUGAUGCAGAGAAAACCGGCCCCUCGCCGAUCAGAGACAUCCCAUCUCGCGACCCCUCCAACCCCGUCCAGGUCCCGGUUGCGCGCCAUGUCCCGGGGCGCGAUUCUGUGGCACCAUCGGCCCCGCCCCUCAACUCGUACUAUAGCGCAUCGGCACACCUGCAACGUCCACCGCGGCUGCCAUUGCCAAUUGGUGAUGCCAAUACCACGCCCGGAUCGCCCAUUGCCGGCCCCGAGGACUCGCAUAUCCAAUCGCUCCCCGCUGAUCGGCUUUUGGAUGAACAAAUGGAUGCGACUACUGCGGCUUCCGGUCAUACGACUAUCGAAGACGAGGAGUUGCUGGACGAACUACAGCCAUACACGAUCAGUGGAGCGGGCAAGGCAGUCCCGGUGCUCAUCGAAUGGACCGCGCCUGCUCAGAAGGUCUAUGUUACGGGAACCUUUGUGAAUUGGGAGAAGAAGUUCCGCCUGCACAAAAGUGAAAAUGGCUCCGUUAUGUCCACCACUCUGAACCUUCGUCCUGGUACACACCACCUAAAAUUCAUCGUAGAUGGAGAAAUGCGCGCUUCAGAUAGCCUACCUACCGCUGUGGACUUUACCAAUCAUCUAGUCAACUACAUUGAGAUCAGUGCAGAUGAUGCUCAUGACAAGGACUUCGCUACUCAGUCGGGGGUCCAAACUCCACAGACUCUGCCAGAUUCCUCCAAGCACAAUCAUUCAGGAGUUACCGACGAUCAUCCUCCAGAGAAGGAGGAAACCGAGGAAGAAGUUCCACCCGGUGACUUUGGCAACGCUAUUCCCCAGUUCCUCGCCGAUCUUGAUAAAGAAGAAGAUAGCCCGGCCUAUGUGCAGGCGGCCAAUGUCAUUGGAGAUACAGCCACGCCACCCAGUCUACCUCUCUUCUUGGGCAAGUCAAUUCUCAACGGCACGACCCCUAUGAAGGAUGAUAGCAGUGUGCUCAAUUACCCGAAUCACACUGUCCUUAACCACCUGGCCACGAGUAGCAUUAAGAAUGGUGUUUUGGCUACGAGCGUGACGACACGAUACAAAAGAAAAUAUGUCACCACGAUUUUGUACAAACCGACUGGCGACAUCACCGGAUAA